UCUCCCUCAUUAAAAAAGAAAAAAAAAAUCCAAUUCUUCCAUGGCGCCAAAGGCAGAGAAGAAGCCAGCCGAGAAGAAACCGGCGGAAGAGAAGAAGACGGUGGCGGAGAAAGCUCCUGCUGAGAAGAAGCCGAAGGCGGGCAAAAAACUGCCGAAAGAAGGCGGCGCUUCGGCUGGGGACAAGAAGAAGAAGCGCACGAAGAAGAACAUAGAAACUUACAAGAUCUACAUAUUCAAGGUUCUGAAGCAGGUGCACCCUGACAUCGGGAUCUCUAGCAAGGCCAUGGGCAUCAUGAACUCUUUUAUCAACGAUAUCUUCGAGAAGCUUGCACAUGAAUCCUCUAGACUUGCUAGGUACAACAAGAAACCCACUAUUACUUCGAGGGAGAUCCAAACUGCCGUAAAAUUGGUGCUUCCUGGGGAAUUGGCUAAACAUGCUGUCUCUGAGGGUACCAAGGCUGUGACCAAGUUUACUAGUUCUUGAAUUAGGUGUAGCGUUUCAGGUUUAGGCUUUGUGAUAAAAUGGUCAAAUUAGAAAAAUAUUCUCUUGUUUUAGGAUAAGCUUGUUUUUCGUUUUUUACAGUGAGUAGUGUGGCUGUAAUGAUGUAUUUAUUCCAAUUGAUUUGAAUUCUAGUAAGAAUGAUCUUUGAUUUCUUAAA